CUCUCCAUCAUCUUUCUUUGGCGGAGUGGCAUGUAUUGCCACGUAAAAGAUUCUGUAUAUAGAUCUAGAUACAUUAAUAAAUAAUGUAAUCCAUACCCCAAUUUAUAUAUAAAUACAAAGGCUCUCUAUAAAAAAGCAUACAAAUCAAGACUCAUAGCAACAGCUUAGAUCAGAAUUGAUGGGGAAGAAGGUGGCCAUAAUAGGAGCUGGGAUCAGUGGCCUUCUUGCCUGCAAGUACACCCUUUCAAAGGGCUUUCAACCCAUCGUGUUCGAAUCCUCGAGCACCAUCGGAGGGGUAUGGACCAAAACUUUUGAGAGUACCAAGCUCCAAACUCCUAAAGCAGUCUACCAAUUCUCAGAUUUUCCAUGGCCUUCUUCAGUGACAGAGGACUUUCCAAACCAGCAUCAAGUUAUGGAUUACAUCCGAUCAUACGCUCAACAUUUCGACUUGCUCAGGCACAUCAAAUUCAAUACCAAAGUGUGUGGUAUAGAGUAUGAAGGUCCAUCUGAGGAUGAGAUGCAAUCAUGGAGUCUCUGGGCCGGCACCGGUGAGCCUUUCAGCUCGAAAGGGAAAUGGAAAGUUAUGGUAGAAGACAAGCAAAGCCCUUCAACUGAGGUUCACUUGGUAGACUUUGUAGUCCUCUGCAUUGGACGAUUCAGUGGUAUUCCAAACAUUCCCAAAUUUCCUCUGAACAAGGGUCCAGAAGAAUUUCAUGGCGAGGUCAUACACUCGAUGGAAUAUGCUUCUAAGGAUUACGAAAGCGCCGCUGAAUUUGUGAAAGGAAAGCAAGUAACAGUUGUUGGGUUUCAGAAAUCUGCAUUGGACAUUGCAAUGGAGUGCUCAAAUGCAAAUGGGGUGGAACAUCCAUGUACAGUGUUGUACAAGACAGAACACUGGAAUGUUCCUGACUAUCUCCCAUGGGGUGUGCCUCUGGCAUACCUAUACCUCAAUCGCUUCUCGGAGCUUUUGGUUCAUAAGCCCGGUGAAGGCCUCCUACUCUGUCUCCUUGCAACAAUUCUUUCACCUCUGAGAUGGGCAUUUUCAAAAUUUGUUGAAAGCUACAUAGAUAAGAAGCUUGGGUUAUCCAAGUAUGGAAUGGUACCUAGGCAUAGUUUUCUUCAACAAAUCAGUUCCUGUCUGCUGUCAACCGUGCCUAAAAAAUUCUAUGACCGAGUCCAAGAAGGAAGCAUUUUACUUAAGAAAUCACCCAAAAGCUUCGGCUUUUGCCAAGAAGGCAUUUUGGUUGAAGGAGAAAACUCCUUUGUAAAGACAGAUUUGGUCAUAUUGGCUACUGGAUUUAGAGGUGAUGAGAAGCUUAAAGACAUCUUUGUGUCACCAACAUUUCAAGACUACAUAGCUGGAUCACCUAAGUCCACUUUACCUCUCUACAGGGAAUGCAUCCAUGGACGAAUUCCACAACUAGCUGUAAUUGGAUUCUCCGAGAGUGUCUCAAACUUGUACACAUCCGAGAUGAGGUGCAGAUGGCUAGCAGAGCUUCUUGGAGGCACAUUCAAGGUACCAAGCAUAAAAGACAUGGAGAAAGAUGUGAACCAAUGGGAUGAGUAUGCCAAGCGAUACUCCGGAAAAUACUACCGCAGAUCAUGCAUCGGAGCGCUGCACAUAUGGUACAAUGACCAAUUGUGCAAGGAUAUGGGUUGGAAUCCCAAAAGGAAGAAGAGACUUCUAGCUGAACUAUUUGAGCCUUAUGGCCCAACGGAUUAUAUUUCCUCUUAAAUGAUGCUAUCUACUGUAUAAUCACAUAAUGUAGAUUAUAAGUAAAUAAAAAACAAAAUGAAAACAUUUUUUGGUCAAAAACAAAACAAAAGCAGUAUUGUAAUUGACUAAGUUUUAUGAAUGAAUGUUUCUCAUGUAAUUGACCAAUUGGGUCUUUCUCAAUUUUUGUUUC